AUGGGCCCAUUCGUGCCUCGCCGAGUGUACCCACACCUCGAGUCGAUACCUAGAUCCUACUUCCUGGGCCAUCAUGCGGCCGGUUUGUCGAAGAUGAAAUCCUUGAUCUCGCAAAUCGAUCUAGUCAUCGAAUGCCGAGACUAUCGAACGCCCAUUGUAUCUCGUAAUCCGUUAUUCGAAGCCAACCUCGGCGAACGACCCCGAUUGAUAGUUUACACCAAGCAAGAUCUGGGAAGCAAUUUCACAGGUGAAGACAAGCAGAGAGAAAGGAUCAUCAAGAAAUGGGAUGCUCCAUCCAUAUCAUUCUUUGCAGAUGUGAAGUCGCGAGUCGCUAUCAACCGAGUCCUCGAUUUUGCCCGGGCGCACGCGAAUGCCUCGACCUCCCUCUUCGGCACCCGUCUCAUGGUCGUGGGCAUGCCUAAUGUUGGAAAGUCGUCUCUUCUCAACGCUUUGCGGAAUGUUAGCUUGGGAAAAAGCAAGGCUGCGAGAACUGGAGACCAACCAGGAGUAACCAGGAAGAUCGGCAGUGAUGUCAAGAUAUUAGAGGCGGAAGAUGGCAGAGAGGCCGUAUAUGUUCUGGACACUCCUGGCGUCUUCGUUCCCUACGUCCCAGAUGCCGAGAGUAUGCUGAAGCUCGCUCUCUGCGGAAAUGUCAAAGACACGAUUAUCCCGCCCACAACGAUCGCCGACUAUCUUCUGUACCACCUCAAUCUUCGCGAUCCGGCCUUGUAUAACAUGUAUGCUGAACCAAGCAACGAUAUUUUUGAUGUGCUGGAGGGCCUUGCGCGGAAACAGGGUCGCCUAAAGAAGGGCGGGCUGCCCGACUUUGAGUCUUCGGCUUUGCAGUUUGUGCAGAAAUGGAGGGGUGGGCAAAUGGGAAAGUUUGUGUUGGACGACGUGACAGAAGACGCGUUGGCUGAGCGAACUCGGCAGCUGGAGUUCCUGGGAGGGAGUAUGAAUCAGGCUCGCAAGGCCGUGAAGCAGCUGAAGAAAGAGGCCUACCUCGAAGGAGACUGA